UCAGAGUUCUAUAAGAGGAAUGGCGACAGAGCAAGAAAUAUCGCAAGCUUUAGAAGCCCUGGUGCACGACGGCCCGACCUCGUUCACCACCCUAAACGACGUCGUCCAGCAGCUCCAGUCCAAGCUCGCCUGCCACGACCUCUCCCACAAGGCCGACUUCAUCCGCUCCCAGAUCCACUUCCUCCUCCGAUCCCAUCCCCCGCCUCAGCAAUCUCCAAAAGACCAUUUUGCCCUCCAACAAAACCCCAAUUGCCACCCGGCUCCCUCCUCCGCCUUCCAGACCUUCGCUUCCCCCAAGCCCGAGCCCAUCACUACUCCCGUACCCGCAUCCGACCCGCCCAAGGAUGGCUCUAAGCCUAAACCUAAGAGAAAAGGAGGCCCGGGGGGUCUAAACAAGCUUUGUGGUGUUUCGCCUGAACUCCAGGUCAUUGUUGGCCAUCCAACUCUUCCAAGGACUGAGAUUGUGAAGCAACUGUGGGCUUACAUAAGAAAACACAAUCUCCAAGAUCCAGGUAACAAGAGGAAAAUUAUUUGCAAUGAUGAGCUGCGGUUGGUUUUCGAGACAGACUGUACUGACAUGUUUAAGAUGAACAAGUUGCUGGCCAAACAUAUCAUUGCACUUGAACCUUCAAGUAUGUAUUUGCCAGUUCCCAAGAAGCCGAAGGUUGCCACGGACUCUGGAACAAAGAGUUCACAGUCAGGUCCUUCUGUGGUAAUAUCUGAAGCACUUGCUAAUUUUUUUGGUGUUGGUGGGAGGGAGAUGCUUCAGUCUGAGGUUUUGCAACGAAUAUGGGAAUACAUAAAGGUCAACCGUCUAGAGGAUCCUCUGAAUCCAAUGGCGAUUUUAUGUGAUGCAAAGCUUCAAGAUCUCUUCAGUUGUGAAAGCAUCUCUGCGUUGGGAAUACCCGAAGUGUUGGCACGUCAUCACAUAUUCAGGAGAUCAUGAUAGUUGUAGGUCUACAAUGUGGUAACUCAUGUGUGAAGAUUGGGAGAAACUGAUACAGUUCUUGAUCAUGUACCCUCUGUGAGCUUGUAUGUACAUCAUGUUCUUAGCUGUUGUUUGUAGAGUAAUGGAAUGUGAAAUUGUACUAUGAUUUCAUGGUGGUUCUUAUUUUCUAAAUGGCCCCAUGAUCUGUAUUGAGUUGGCCUGUUAGAGUGUUAGGGUAGUGAGCUGCUAAGUUUAUGGAGUUUCUAACACGGCUGUGUAAAAUAGGAGCAGUAGAAAAUAAAAGCUAUUGUAAGAUGACUCAUUCUCAGUAAUGGAAGUGUUUAUUUAACU